AUGUUUUUCAAUAUCAAACUGAAGGCAGAACUAAUCACGUUAUGGCUUCCGGUGCGUUGUUUCUCCAAGGGUAAAAAAUCGACAGCUACUUUGAAAUAUUUACAUAAGCAGUGGUCUGAUGAAUUCUCCAAGAAGGCUCGUGAACAUUCAUAUCGAGCUCGAAGUGCCUAUAAGCUACUAGAAAUCAACGAAAAGUAUAAAAUUAUUAAGCCUGGUAUGGUAGUUGUUGAUGUUGGAGCAGCUCCUGGAUCGUGGUGUCAGGUAGUUGCUGAUAUUGUACAACCAAACGUAUAUGAUAAUGCUCUUAUUUUGGGCAUUGAUUUGCAGCCGAUAUUACCAAUUUCGGGUGUUAAUUUUUUGGAUUUGUCCGAUAUUACUGCUCAAAAAACACACGAAAAUAUAAAGCAAAUUCUGAACGGAAGAUCUGUUGAUGUUGUAAUCAGUGAUAUGGCUCCAAAUCCUACUGGUGAUGGAGGAAUUGACCAUGAACGGAUUUUAUCACUUUGUGCAACAGUACUAGAACUUAGUGUGAGAAAGUCGGUAAUUCCUCUAGUGAAAAAUGGAACAUUUCUUUGCAAAAUAUGGGAUGGACCAAGGCGAGAAGAAUUUAUUGAACGCCUUAAGCAAGAUUUUAGAAACGUGUACACCGUGAAACCUAAAGCUAGUCGUGAUCAUAGUGCAGAAAUAUAUUUGUUAGCAAUGAAAAAACUAUUGUAG